GUUCGCGGCGCGCAGCCCAAGCGCCUCGGCAUGUGAAGCGCCUCGGCGGGCAACGGGAUGUACUCCGCCAACGGGACCCGGAGCGACCUGGACCCGGACCCGGAGCAGCAGCAGCGGGAGGAGGAGAGAGAAGCGGCGGCGGCGGCGGGGGUCUCGCCCUUCAGCGCCGGGACCUACGAGCUGCUGGCCCUGCUGGUGGCCACCAUCGGCCUGCUGGGCUUGUGCAACAACCUGCUGGUCCUGGUGCUCUACGCCAAGUUCAAGCGGCUCCGGACGCCCACCCACCUCUUCCUGGUCAACAUCAGCCUCAGCGACCUGCUGGUCUCCCUCUUCGGGGUCAGCUUCACCUUCGGCUCCUGCCUCCGGCACCGCUGGGUCUGGGACGCCGCCGGGUGCGUCUGGGACGGCUUCAGCAACAGCCUUUUCGGAAUUGUUUCUAUCAUGACCCUCACCGUUCUGGCCUAUGAACGUUACAUCAGAGUUGUGCAUGCAAGAGUGAUUGAUUUCUCGUGGUCUUGGCGGGCAAUCACAUACAUCUGGCUCUAUUCCUUAGCCUGGACAGGGGCACCACUCCUUGGCUGGAACCAUUACACACUAGAAAUACAUGGAUUAGGUUGUUCAGUGGACUGGAGGUCAAAAGAGCCCAGCGAUUCCUCCUUUGUUCUAUUUUUCUUUCUUGGUUGUCUAGCAGCCCCAGUUGGAAUCAUGGCUUACUGCUAUGGGCAUAUUCUUCAUGCGAUACGAAUGCUUCGAUGUGUUGAAGACUUGCAGUCUAUCCAAGUGAUCAAGAUCCUAAGAUACGAGAAGAAAGUGGCUAAAAUGUGUUUUUUAAUGGUCACAACUUUCCUUAUUUGUUGGAUGCCUUAUGCUGUGGUCUCUCUACUAAUAGCCUAUGGGUAUGGCCACCUUAUAACUCCAACAGUAGCCAUUGUCCCAUCCUUCUUUGCCAAAUCAAGCACUGCCUACAACCCAGUUAUCUACAUUUUCAUGAGCAGAAAGUUUCGCCGAUGCCUUGUGCAGCUUUUUUGUGUGCGAUUCCUGAGAUUCAAGAGGACCUUGAAAGAGAGACCGGCCAUCGGAAGCGACAAACCUAUCAGGCCUAUUGUCAUGUCCCAGAAGGCUGGGGACAGGCCAAAGAAGAAAGUGACUUUCAGCUCUUCUUCAAUCAUUUUCAUAAUCACCAGCGAUGACACAGAGCAAAUAGAUGUCAGUACCAAAUAUUCUGAGACAAAAAUUAAUGUGAUCCAGGUGAAGCCACUAUAGCUGUUGGGAUUUGACUGGACUUCUGUUUGGGUUUAAAGACUAUGUUUAUGUAAGAUUUCAGAAAGCAGGCUCACUUCCCAAGAAAGAAAUCUUAUUAAGACACAGUAGUGUUACUGGGUGGGUGCAGUGGGCAUGGACUGCACUGGCUGACACCAUGGGAAGAGCCUGGUGGGGUGGUCAUUCAUAUCUGCCUCAAGACCCCCCCCCCCCCCCGGCCACCUCCUUCCAUUGGGGCUGCCCAUGCUGCUGGCUGGGCAGGGAAGAAAGAUUGUGCCUGGAGGAUGGGCAUAAAAGAGGGCAAGGCAGAGGAAGGGGAGUAACACAAGUAGUCAUGUGGCAGGCAAUUGGGGUGAAACCAGGUGAAGUGGCAAGGCGGGCAAGAAGAGGAAAGUAGAGGUCUAGCUUUCAUCCCACCUUUUAUCACUUUUCCUUUCACCCUCAGUCUGUCCCUGAACUCUGUAUCUCAAAUGUGGGAGGAGCACCUGACGCCUGGGUUAACAUCAGUGCCAUCCAUCUCCCUCCCCACCUUUUGGCCUGUGGGGGUUCUUAGGCAUCCCAGUCCAGGUUCCCUCAUACCUUUCUGCAAAUGUGGGGCAACCAAGACUGGAUCUCUUCCAGUGCUAAGAUUCCUAUUCACUGGGGCUGCAGGGUGGCUGCUUGCUUAGAGGGAUUGACACCAUAAGUUAAUGCACUUGGGUGACACCAACCCUAGUGACAUCACUGGUGGGGCUUCUGACCACACACAUACAGGUUUGCGGUGAUGGAAGCUCUGUAGUGCUAUGCUGGCUGCUGUAAAAGAAUUGAAAUGAUAUAUUUGCCUGCUUUUUUAUACUCGAGAUAUUUAUUUUUCCAUAUCAUGUUUUGAUCACCUAGCACUUCCUACAUUGUAGGUGUACCAGGGAAUAAAAGCAGCUUCUUGAGGCCAUAAUGUCUUCAUUAGAACUUCACUGAUUUUCUUUCUAGAGCAGCCUUUGGUGUAAUAUUUUAACACAAAAGGGUAUCAUAUGCUCCCUCAGGCCAGCAUACCUGCUACGUGAAAUAUGUGCCUUGCAUUCACUGUAGGGAUGUACACUGUGAUGACGUUUGUAGCCCAAGCUAGUGACUCAUGUAUAAACAGAAGCUAUCUCAAAACAAAGGAAAUUGGUUCUUGUACAAAAUUGCAUUUUGGUGUGUGGCAUGUUUCCUUCCUUAAAAAUGAAAUGACUUAUCUUUAUGAGAGGUAAAGGGAAGGUGUAUGCGUAAGCAUGACCAUCUUUUUUACAACUGUGGCUAAGACGUGACCAUGCUGAAUGUCAUCGAACAGUAAAAGCUAAUACUUAAAAAGAGCAAAUGACUGAAGCAAAUUCCAAAUGCUGCAGGAUAAUUUGGCAUAAAGAUAGAUGAUGCCAUAGACAUUCCUUGGAGCCUGGACCUAAAUAAGACUGUGACUAGACUUGACAAGGCUUGGCAGUGACCAUCUGAACCAAAAGUCCAAACAACAUGACAUUGAAGUUGAAAUGCUGUCAUUUCAUUUUUAAUAACAACUAAAAUGGGGGUUCAUUGUUUCCUUCUAUACAGUUGUCCCAACAAAAAUCCAUUCCUCUGCGGUGGUUCUUACCUCCAGAAGGCAAUUUUCUUAACUUCUGGGAUUAAUACAUUGUAAAAGGAGGUGAUUUUGAUAUGAAGAAUCAAGUUAUUUUUUCUUUUACACAUGCUAUGAACAAGCAUAACAGGAGUGGGGAUGAUACAUCAAUUUCAAAGCACCACCACCACCACCAUCCAGGAGGACUGGCCAAUACACAAAUGUGCAGAACUGCAAAAGCAAAACCUGUGCAUUUGGAGUGCUGAGUGUAAUCACACCAAUGUUUCUUUUUUAAAACAACUGAGGAAAAUGUGGGGCUCUCUUCUGCUCAGUGUAAUGUAUGAAAAUGUUUACUUUUCAACUAGAGAAAAAUUUCCUCACACCUCAGACUUGGUGCUUUUUAGUUGAAUUAUGUGGCUUGAGCAACGGUGGUUAAUGUUUAAUAUAGCAUUUGAAUGACAUCACUAUGUGCCAUCUGUUGUAUUAUCAAGAAUGAAUGUCCCUACUUUUUAGGCUUUGGCUUUGAAAUGUCAUGCUCUGGGAUGCUUCUAAAAUAGAAACUCUGACCUACAGUGUUUUUUAAUCUUAAAAUCUUGGGAAACAAGGGAAUUCUAGUUGGAGAGAAUAGAGUAUUGAUCUUGGCAGCAAACUAGAGUAUUUAGGUCAGUACUCAAUGAUUUCUAUAGGAAUCAGGGGAAGGAAGCACUUUCCUGUGUCUUUUUCCCUGCUCCCCGAUUGCUUCUCUUCUCUCUCUUCCUAUUUUCCUCACUCAUCAAAUACUAAUGUUGUAAGGCAAGAGAACUGUGGAAAUUAAAUGAAUGUCAAAGGGCAAAUUACAUUGUACAGCUACAAAUGGGCAUAGACCUGAGCACGCAUUCUUAAACUCUCAAACUGUCCCCAUUCGGCAAGUACUGUCCUGAGACCUGUUUUUUUUUAAAUGGCCCAGGUUUCCAAAUGGCCCAGGUUCAUCUCCCAGUUUUCCCCUUUGUUCUCAGCUUAUUUCACUUGAUGCAAACUGAGUUCAUAGUGGAAAUGAGUUUGCACCAAGUUAACCGGGUGAUGGUGAUAAUGGUAAAGGCCCUUCCCAGGAGGCUUGGGAAAAAGCAAACUACUGUAGUGUUUCCUGGUUUGUUUGUUCUUUCUUCUUCAUAUCUUUAGCUGUCCCAACCACAUUCUGGUGUGGUUUAACCACAUGCAUCCUAGUUUGCAUAUGUGAAAUUUGGAUGAUAAAUAACAAUUUAAGUUUAUUUCCCUUUAAUAGAAUAUCAUUGCAAUUGAGAAAUAUCCUUUUAUCCAGCAAUGGUGUAUUGUAAUUCUUUGAAAUUUGGGCUAAAAUUAUUAAUUGUCCAGGGUUUCAAUCCUGAUGUGCUAUGAAAACUACUGGAUUAUUUUGGGCAUGUCAUAUUCUUUUAAUCUCAAGGAAAGCAAUGGCAAAUACCUGUGAUUAGGGUUGUGUUGGGGUUGCCAUAAGUAAAAAAUGACUCAAAGGCAUACAAGAACAACUACAUAUUGAAGGAAACCUUCUUUAUCUAGGUGAGCCUCUCACCUAGAAGGAGUGGGGGACUUAGCAACAUUAAAGAGUAUGAGACUGUGUGCAAAUGCAAUCAACACAGUCUAGAUAUCACACCAUACCAUGUUAAGCCUGUUCGUUAAGAAAUUACUUUGGAAACUACCAGGCAAAGCCAGGAAAAAAAAUGCUUCAAACCACGGAAACUUUGAUUCCUAUCAGAGUCAACAACACUGGUUCAGAAGUUUGAAUCAGACAAAACAGUUUGUAAAUUCUUUUGUGUCUAGAUUUCUCUCCCCCACCCCCUGGGGAAUCUAACAAAAAAAAGGAAUAAAUCUCAGUAUAAACUA